GCGGCGGCGCAAUGAAGUCCUUCACGUUCGUCCUGGCUUUCGUCGUGGCCCUCGCGGCCGUCCACGCCAACUACGACUAUGGCGAGGCGCUGUGGAAGUCGCUGCUGUUCUACCAGGCGCAGCGCUCGGGCAAGUUGAGCGGAAUGAACUCCCUCGUGUCCUGGCGCAAGGACUCCGCCCUGCACGACAGAGGCCAGAACGGCGAGGACCUCACCGGCGGAUACUACGAUGCUGGCGACUUCGUGAAGUUCGGCUUCCCCAUGGCUUACACCAUCACCGUGCUGUCUUGGAGCACGAUCGACUACGCCGAUGGCUACUCCAAGAUCGGCUGGCUGCAAGAGGCCCGCAACGCCAUCAAGUGGGGCACUGACUACUUCAUUAAGGCGCACGUCAGCAAGAACGAGUUCUACGGCCAGGUGGGCGUUGGUCAAGAGGACCACAACUACUGGGGCCGCCCCGAGGACAUGACGGAGUCGCGCACCGCCUACAAGAUCGACGCCAGCCACCCGGGCUCCGACCUCGCCGCCGAGACCGCCGCCGCCCUCGCCGCCGCCUCCGUCGUCUUCCGCAAGGCGGGCGACACCAACUACGCCAACACGCUGCUCCAGCACGCCAAGGACCUCUACAACUUCGCCGACACCUACCGCGGCAAGUACUCCGACUCCAUCACCGACGCAAAGAACUUCUACAGUUCUUACGACUACACCGACGAACUGGUUUGGGGAGCCAUCUGGAUCUACCGUGCUUCUAAUGAUCAGAAGUACCUUACUAAGGCUGAGCAGUACUACAAUAGCUUUGGCAUUCAGUACAGAACUGGCUUUGGCUGGGAUGACAAGUCCCUUGGCGCCACCGCUGCCGACGAAGGCAUCAACUCCGCCACCUACCGCAACUUCGCCAAGUCGCAGAUGGACUACGCCCUGGGCUCCGCUGGGCGCAGCUACGUCGUCGGAUUCGGCAGCAACCCGCCCACCCACGAGCACCACCGCGCAGCGUCGUGCCCCAACGCCCCCGCCGCCUGCGACUGGAACACUUUCAACGGCGGCCAAUCCAACUACCACGUGCUGUACGGCGCCCUCGUGGGCGGCCCCGACGCCAACGACAACUACAACGACGUUCGCAACGACGCUACCCACAACGAGGUGGCGUGCGACUACAACGCCGCCUUCCAGGGCUCGCUGCUGUUCUACCAGGCGCAGCGCUCGGGCAGGUUGUACGGCAUGCACGAGCUCGUGUCCUGGCGCAAGGACUCCGCCCUCAACGACAGAGGACAGAACGGCGAGGACCUCACCGGCGGAUACUACGACGCCGGUGACUUCGUUAAGUUCGGCUACCCGAUGGCCUACACCGUCACGGUGUUGGCUUGGGGUGCAAUCGACUACGAAGAAGGCUACAACAGGAUCAACUGGCUGGCCGAGGCCCGCAACGCAGUCAGGUGGGGAACUGACUACUUCCUCAAGGCGCACGUCAGCAAGAACGAGUUGUACGUGCAGAUCGACGCGGCGCACCCGGGCUCCGACGCCGCCGCCGAGACCGCCGCCGCCCUCGCGGCGGGCUCCAUCGUCUUCCGCAGGGCCGGCGACACGGCCUACGCCGACCUGCUGCUCCAGCACGCCAAGGACCUCUUCAGCUUCGCCGACACCUACCGCGGCAAGUACUCCGACUCCAUCGGCACCGAGAACUACGUAUCCAAUGAUUACACGGACGAGCUGGUGUGGGGAGCCAUUUGGCUCUACCGGGCCUCAAAUGAUUGGCAGUAUCUAUCUAAGGCUGAGAAAUACUAUACGGACUAUGGCAUCCAAUACAGAAAUGGCUUCGGUUGGUUGGAAAAGUUUCUGGGAGCGACGGCCCUAUUACUAAAGCUUACUAAUGGAGACCUCUACAGAAAUGUUCUGGAGAACUUCUGCAACAAUUUGGUGUAUAACCAAAAGAGAACCCCGAAGGGUCUAGUAUACAUCGGCUUAUGGGGUAGCCUGCGCCAAGCUUUUGAUCCCACUUUCAUCUGCAUGAAGGCUGCCGAUGAAGGCAUUAACCCCGACGCCUACCGCAACUUCGCCAAGUCCCAGAUCGACUACGCCCUGGGCAACACUGGGCGCAGCUUCGUGGUCGGGUUUGGCAACAACCCGCCCACCCACGAGCAUCACCGCGCAGCGUCCUGCCCGGAUGCCCCUGCCCCCUGCAACUACGGUGUGACGUACUGGGGAACGCAGCCCAACUACCACGUGCUGUACGGCGCCCUGGUGGGCGGCCCCGACGAGAACGACGGCUACACGGACGACCGCAACAACUUCGAGCAGAACGAGGUCGCUUGCGACUACAACGCCGCCUUCCAGGGCGUGCUGGCCGGCCUCAAGGCACUCGGCUACUAAUAAAGCAAGAUGGCGGUUGACAGCCGACCCAGAGCGCAAAAUCCAGUUGAAGAUCCCCUCCAGAUUUACUAAAAGACCAAUUACAAUACAGAAUCACUUUGUAAAAAUACAAAUGAAAAUAAAUUGCUGAUAGAGUUAUAUAAAUUAAAGGCGAAU